UUGUCGUCGGCGCUUAAAUUCAAAACAAUACAAAACAUGGAGACUGAGGAAGUAAAUGCUGUAGAUCUGGCUAUGUCAGAGGGUUUUAUGCAAGUAGCUGCUGUAGCUAAAAAAUGGAUGGUAAAGUUCAUGUCGCAUUCUCUUUACUAUUACUUCAGCAAUGACAGACAUGAUGAGUUUAAGACGACGAUUGACGUUUUACAAGCGAUGAUAGAUGCGUUUGAUCCUGCAGUCAUCAGUGGUCUGCAUAAAACAAUGAAUGUUUGUCAGUUUUUAUCACGAAUCCUAAAUGGAAAAGAAACGGAUGGUUUCUUUGAGGAUGAGAGAAUAUCACCCUUGGAAUCUGCUUUUUUGAUCUGGCAAGUCAUCAGAGAUGAGCAAGAGAGUGAAGACGAUGUAGUUUAUAAUGAAAUCCACAAUCUCCUGGCAGUACAGGCUGUGGCAGUUUACAUGGAGCAGGGAAAAUUUAAACAUGCUUCAGAAGUACUUGAUAGAAUUUCAGAAAAGCAUGACUUGGAAGAGUCCUUUAAAAUGAAGCUUUCUCUCAUUGUCUCAAAGAAAGACACAUUUCAUCAAUUGAUUUUGAACUUCAGUUAUCAACGUCUAAUAGAGAAAGUAAAGAUGUUUGUAACUUCAAUUAUGGAAAAACGUCGUCCUGACUUUCUUUUAAUGGCUGCAGCAAGUACUGUAACAUCACGCAAACAAAAAUGCCUUUCUGCACAAACAUCAGAAGAUAAUGAAAGUUGCACAUCAUCAGAAAAAGAAAAUAAACUUGAAAGUAAUGAUGGACAGCCUGAAACUUUUCAGUCAAGCAGUAAGAAAGGAAAAAUUGAAGAAAUGGAACAUUUAUGCCACCUACCAAAUGGAAAAGAACAUCCUAUCCAAUUAAGGCCCAAAAGAAGACUUUUCACUAUGCAACAGCUUUGUCAGGAUGAAAGCACAUCAGGCAUUUCUUUGUGUCAAGAAAACAAAGAUUUAAAAGAGAGGCCUUUGUAUUUCCGAUUACAGAAAAGAGUCAUUAAACAUAAUUCACAAAUUAAAGAAUCAAAAAAAAGACGGCCUUGGAAAUAUGAGGAAGAUCAGCAUCUGAUUGCAGGAGUAAAACAUUUUGGAGUGGGACACUGGACAAAAAUUCUUCAGCAUUACACUUUUAAAGGCCGUACUGGUGUUAUGCUUAAAGACAGGUGGCGAACUCUAAAGAAGAAUAUGAUUGUUUACACUGAUGAGUGAUCAGCACUUUAAUUUAUUAUAGUAAAAAAUGACAGUUUUUGGACUAGAAUUCUAGAAUGAUGUGUUAGGUGUUUUUUCUUUUGGGAGUUUACUUUUUAUAUUUACUUUUACACAAGCAAUCUAUAAAUAAUGAUGUUCCCUUUGGAAAAUAUAAAGCAGAUAAAAAUAUGUAAAAUAUUAACAGUUCUUUAAAACAAUGAAAAGAGUCAUUGUGUUGUAUUUUGAUAAUACAAUAAUGAUUUUUUUGUGUGUGGAACAUAUGUAACUAGAUCAUCUGUAUUAAUUACUUCUGUCUACUUACUCAGUACUUAUGUUUUUUUUGUUUUUGUUACUGUAUAUAUAUACACUAUAACAGGAGAAACUUUACAUUAAGCUUUGCCGAUAUUAGUAUCAGCAUGAGGUUAACAUAAAAGAAAAGUUAUCAUGGGCUGUAUAUAAAUAUUAAGAAAUUUUGACUGCCAUACUUUUAUCUGUUUGUGUUUCAGUCUUCAGGCGUCUUUAGAUGCGACAACCAAAUCAAGCAUCACUGAUAUAAUACUAAGAUGUAAAUAAUCACUGUGAUGCAAAAUAGAGCACACUGUCAUGCACUAUUGACAGAAUUGUCAACACCACAAUCAAACCAUGGAAGAAUGUCACAGAAACUAAUUUUGUUUAGCUUUAAAAUAGUGGACAACAAUUUGUUCUGUCAGAAUACACCACAGCCACUAAAAGAUUAUAUCAUUUAAUUCUUUAUUUCUUAAGUUUUUAUAGUAAGUGUACAUUAUCUUAAUUUGGAUCAUUAAAUGCAUUGCAAAAUCAUCAUAAAUAAGUUAGGCAAUGUUGUAUCUGUUUUUUGUUUUGUUAGUCACUGUCUUUACUGUCUUUCUACCUUCCACUUUAUAUAAAACUUAAAAGUGUGAUGAAGGAUUUAUCAGUUCUGUACAGUAAAAGGCAAAAACAUUGACACUUUGGGAUGGGACUUCUGCUUGCAGCACCAGUUGUUUCCAGCUAAAAGCCUGCUGUUACCUUUUUCUCAGCACUUAUAUAUGGACUAAUUUUUUCAUAUUGGCACGUGACAUUCACCUUCACUGCAAAGGAUUUAACUUCAGCUUUCCUCUGUAUAUUCAACAAUAAUCAGUAGGCUGGCCAUCUAAAAGCAUUUGGAUAUCCUCACCAAUCCAGAUAACUGACAAAUGAAGAGGCCAAACUUUUUUUUUUUUUUCUUCUUCCCUUGCUGAAAAUGCUAUCCUUCAUCCUUUUACCAGCCAGUAAUUAGUAUUAGUGACUGUUUCAUACUGGACUUGGAGUUUUCUGUUAGUGUAUAUUUUUGUUACUAUGGUUACAUUUCUUUUGCAUAUGUAUUUAGUGUGUGCUGGGGAAAUGUUUAAAAUGUAAAUGGGGCCUGUACAUAAGUUACACUCCAGUUUAAAUAAUACUGAGUUUGCUUUUAUUCUUUAAUUGCACUGAGUCAUUUAGAGGAGUAUAAUUUUAUAAGUUACUGUAUAUUUGAGUGUUUUAAAUUUCCUGCUGUUUAGUUCAUCUACUUGUAAUAUGUGCUGCUUACAGUGUUUGUAGGGCUGUGGAUAUUUGAAACUGAGCUUACGUGUUUGGUGCUGGCCUAGUUCAAAUCAGUUCAGCUUCUGGCCUGGUGGUUAUUAAAGUUUGGUUUGUCACAAUUAAGGAAUUGUGAUCAUAACUAGAAA